ACCAUAGACAUCGACGCAUGCGCGGUGCGGAAGGCGGCGGCCAUUAUUGAAUUUGUUGAUUUUGUUGAUAACGUUCCCGCUUACCUUUGCCGAUAUUUAUCUAAACAACAAUUCAGUGAUGCAGAAAAGUGUUUAACAAAGAUAACUCUCAAUUUCCACGAUGGAUGACGAAUACAAUGACUCCCAGGAUUCGGUAAAUGAUAAUAACCGCAACAACAGCGACGGCAACGAGAGUGGCGGUGACGGAUCCAAAGAAUUUCCCGACUACGAAGAAAACUUCGAUGAUGAAGACGGAGGAAAUAAUAGAAAUGGCAGAGGAAACCGCAACAAUUUCAGGGGUCGCGGCAGAGGCCCCCCUCCUGGUUGGAUGAAUGGUCCACCUCCGAUGCGGUUCCGAGGACGAGGGUACGGCCCAGGAGGUCCCCCAAUGAGGGGCCGAGGCUUCUUCAGAGGACGAGGAGGCCCCCGAGGGUUUGGACCUAACAAUGGCCCAAACUUUGAUGGUAACUGGGGUCCUAUGGGACCGCCUCCAGGCAUGAUGGGAGGUCCACCUCCAUUUGGUCCUCCGCCCGGUAUGAUGGGACCUGGUGGACCGAUGGGACCACCUCCUAAUAUGAUGGGACAGCCCCCGCCAUUUGGAGCACCCCCUGGGAUGCCUCCACCUAAUAUGCAAGCCCCAGAAAUCUGGGUGGAGACGAAGUCAGAAGACGGCAAGUCAUACUACUACCACUCGCGGACCCGUGAGACCACAUGGACGCGGCCGCAGGACUCACCCACUUGCAAAGUGAUCACACAAGCUGAGAUGGAGGCUAUGGCUACUACUGGCCAACUGCCAGGCAUGGGUGCCCAACAGACCAUGGGAGCACCUCAGGGAAUGGCCCAAACUAUGGGCGCGCCACCGCAAGGGAUGGGCGCGCCUCCACAAGGGAUGGGCGCUCCUCAAGGCAUGCCCAUGAACGGCCCGGGGGGUCCCAUGACCCACAUGCAGCCCCCAAUGGGCAUGGUGCCCCCGGGAGUGGGUCCCCCGACGAGCCAGGCGGGGCAGUUCAUGCAGCCGCCACCGUGGGCUGCUAAACCUGAUGGUGACAAAGAGAUCCCGAGCCUGUUUAGCAAGGAGGCGAUGCCGCCGUUCAUGCAGCCGCCGCCGUGGGCCAAUAUGGAUGGUCCCCCCGGCCAGAGCAAAGAGGGCGAGUCUCAAGACGCGGCCAGCCCCAGCGACAACGACGACGCGCCGCCUGGCGAGGCCCUGCCGCCGCCGCAGGCCACCCAGCCGCCGCCUAAUGGAUUCCCCGGCGCGCCCGCCGCUAUGCCCUGGUCGGGGUGGGGCGGCGCCGGCUGGCCGCCCCCGCUGUCGGGGCAGCCGCCGCCGCUGCUGCAGACGCCUCAGCAAGGCAACCAGCUGCAGCAAAACCCGCUCAUCCCACAAGCGGGUCAACCCCCACAACUAAUACCCACAUCACAACCCCUCGGCAUACCGACUUCGCAACCCCUAGGAGUGCCCACUUCGCAACCUAUGGGCAUACCGACGUCUCAACCUCUGGGCAAUAUGGGUAUGCCCCCGUCUCUGGGAAUAUCCGUGUCACAGCCGUUGGGUAUUCCGGGUACUCAGCCGUUGCUGAUGCCUGGGCAGACUCCGCAGAUGGGGAUGCCUCAUCCGAUGAACCCUAUGGGAGGAGAAAUGCCUCCGGGUGAAGAGCAGAGUGAUGAAAUGCGCAUCCCACCGGAACUGGCGGCGGCGGCAGCUGAAUGGACGACGCACCGCGCGCCCGACGGCCGAGACUACUACUACCACGCGCGGAGGCACGAGAGCGUGUGGGUGAAGCCACAACCACUGGUCGACUUAGAAGAGUUCCAGAAGCGAGCGGCCGAGAAGCAAGCCGAGAACAAGCAGCAACAGCAGGAGAGUGCUCCGGAGAAGAUGGAUGUGUCGGAACCUAAUAAAUCUGAAGUGGUAGACGUAGAAGCUCACGCCGAAGCCGCCGCGCAGGCGUCCCGCUCUCGCAUAGAGCGGCAACAGGCGGACGAGAGACAGAGACAGGAGAAGGAGAAACAGGAGAAAGAGGAGAAGGAGAAAGCGAAUAGCAAACCGAUGUGGAGCACGCACAUUGUGGGGACGCCUUGGCGAGUAGUAUGGACAGCGGAAGGGCGCGUCUUCUUCUUCAACCCGUCCAUCCCGAAGUCGGUGUGGGCGCGCCCCGCCGAGCUGGUGGGCCGCGAGGACGUGGACAAGACCAUCAGCCAGCCGCCCAAGGCCGUGCUCAAGCUGCAGCAAGCGAACAACACGGCGCCCCCGGCGGCGGCCAAGUCGCCGGCCAACGGGGACCUGAAGCGGACGGUCGAGUCCGACAGCGACGAGUCUGAAGAGGAGCCCGUGAAGAAGCAGCAGAAGGUGGAGGAAGUUAAAAAGGCCGCGGCCACAUCCACCACCUCGAUCGACGCCAACAAGGAAGCGGCCAUUGAAGCAGAGGUGCGAGCAGCCCGCGAGCGCGCCGUGGUGCCCCUAGAGCAGCGCAUGAAGACCUUCCGCCAGAUGCUGCUCGAGAACGAGGUGUCCGCCUUCUCCACGUGGAAGAAGGAGCUGCACAAGAUCGUGUUCGACAAGCGGUACCUGCUGCUCACGUCGGACCAGCGGAAGCAGGUGUUCAGUAAGUACGUGCGAGAGAGAGCGGAGGAGGAGCGCAAGGAGAAGAUGAACCGCAUCCAGCAGAAGAAGAACGCGUUUGUGGCGCUCAUGGAGGAGGCCAAGCUGCACUCCAAAUCGUCCUACCUGGACUUCUCUUCCAAAUACGGCAAAGACGACCGCUUCAAAGGCAUAGACAAGCCGAGGAACCGCGAGCAGUACUUCACGGAGUACCUCGCCGACCUCAAGAAGAAAGAGAAGGAGGAGCGAGAGAAGAAGAGAGAGCAGGUGAAACAAGACUUCGUAGCGUUGCUACGUGAGAAGGGUAUAGACCGCCACGCGCGCUGGCCCGACGUCAAGAAGCGGUUGGAAGGAGAUGCAAGAUAUAGGGCUGUCGAUAGCAGUUCCGUUAGGGAGGACUACUUCAGGGAUUACACGAGGGCGCUGAAGGAUGAGAGGAGGAAGGAUAAGGAUCGAGACCGCGACCGCAGCAGCAGCAAGAAAGAGAAGAAAGACAAAGAGCGCGAUAAGGACAGGGACAAGGACAAGGAGAGGGACAAGGACAAGGAUAGGAAGGAGAAGAAGAGCAAGCGGGACAAGGAGAAGGGCAGCGAUAACACAAAAUCAACAAACGACGAUGAACAACCAACUUCAACUACCGACGAAAAAGUGACAGAGACCAUAGACCUAUCUGACAGAGACGACGAGGCGAGCGUCACAGUAAUACCAGACGUAACGCCCAGCGAUAAGGAAGAUGAUGCAGUGGUGGUGGAAAGCACCAGCAAAAGUGCCAAGUCACCGGUGAAAAGUCCGGUUAAGUCGCCAAAGAGAAAGAGAGAUGCGUCUCCUAGGAGGAAGAGAGAGGAGAGAUCUGAGAGGAAAAGGGAUAGGGAUAGGAGAGGGGAGGAUAGAAAGAGAAAGGUUUCAGAGAAGGAUCUGGACACGUCAGCGGAUGCGGAGCCGGGCGCGGCCUCACCGGAACCGGAAGCAGAAGCGGAAGCGGAAGCGGACGGCGCGGAGAGCGACACGUCGGAGGCGCGCGCGAAGGCUGCGCGGGCGCAACAGUCGCUGAAGGAGCGGGAGAGAGAGGUGCAGAAGGCGCUGGCGACCAGUCUGAGGGACCGGGAUAAGGAACGCGAGUAUCAUAAGAGGGAUGAGGCGGUGCAGCACUUCAACGCGCUGCUGGCGGACCUGGUGCGCAACCCGGAGCUGAGCUGGCGCGAGGCGAAGAAGCAGCUGAAGAAGGACCACCGCUACUCACUGGCCGAGCUUCUGAGCAAGGAUGAUAAGGAGCGUCUAUUCACGACGCACACGCACGCCCUAGGCAACAAGCGACGCGACAAGUUCCGCGCCCUACUCACCGAGCUGAACGUGGCGCCCACCGCCUCCUGGCGGGAGACCAGAGCACUACUGAAGCACGAGCCACGGGCGCAGGCAUACCCUGACCCUGAUAAGAUGGAGCGAGAAUUCCGCGACUACCAGCGCGACCGGCAAACCGCAGCUAAAACAGCCUUAAGACAGUUACUGCUGGAGACUCGCGGCAUCACGCACAAGACGCUGCGCGCGGUGCAGGCGGCGGGGGGCGCGGGGGCGGCGCACAACCUGCUUAAACACGAUGCCAGAUACCUAGCCCUAGAGCACGUGCCCGAAGAGCGAGACGCCAUCAUCAUGUCGUACCUUGAGGAGCUGGACAAGAAGGGCCCCCCUCCCCCGCCCACCGCCAGCGAACCCAGCCGCCGCUCCAAGCAGUGACAUACGAGUGACACGCAGGUGGCCACAGACAAGAAGACGCCAAAAAAGCUUCAAAAUCACAGACCAAAUUGCGGCACCUUACGUGUAUAAUUUUAAAGUAAUCUGUAAGGAAUUCCUUUAGCUAUACUUAAUUUUAAUAAUGAAUAAACUAAGAGACCAUUGAUUAUUACCAUU